UUGCGCGCUGCGUACGUUUCUUUUGCACGUUCUGAAGGAUGGCCAAGAGUAAGAACCACAGUACACAUCAUCAGAGUAAGUUAUACGUGUAGGUUAGUGCAUUAUGUAGAUCGGAAGAAUCACCGAAAUGGAAUUCACAGACCACGCAAGCAACGUUUUCCUUCUCUGAAGGGGGUUGAUCCGAAGUUCUUGAGAAAUAUGCGUUUCGCUAAGAAAAAGAACAAAAGGGUUCCGCGAGCUCCAAAGGCCACAACCUCCCCAACUCCUCAAAAGACUUCAGCAACCGUGGAGACUCCAAAGGCUUAA